AUGGAUCAAGAACAACAGAAAGAAGCGAAAGCAUAUCUAAAACGGAAAAACGAUUUUUUUGUGAGAUCGAUCCAGGAAUUGGAAUGCACUGAUAAAGUUUACUACGAGAUUAGUAUUGGUAAUACCAAACCAAUAAAGCAAGUCACUUAUCGAAUAGCAUCUAGUAUCAGUGAUUUUGUAAAGCAAGAGCUUAUUCAAUUAAGGGAAAGAGCAUGGCCCAGCUAG